UACUUCUAUGCCUUUUGUGUUUCAGUCGAGUUGUUUCCCCGGAUUGACCGGCUGCUAGAUCCGCAAGUGUCAAGGCUGAAGCGAUGGGCGAUCAGACGAUUCUCAAGACUUUGCUCUACACCGUCAAUUCUCUCUUGCAGCAGCGGAGAUAUCAGGCCACGCUGGCGGUGCUCAAGGGCUUCCGCAACGGAGCGGUUUAUGGAGCCAAAGUCCGUGCCCCUCAUGCUUUGGUAAUGACAUUUCUCUUCAAAAGUGGAAGCCUAAAGGAAAAAUUGAAAGCAAUUCUUCAAGCUACCUAUACCCAUUCCAGAAACAUGGCCUAUUUUGUAUUCACUUAUAAGGGUUUGAUGGCCAUGCAGUCACGAAUGCAAGGAAAGAAGGUUCCAUUUCAGUCUUUCCUCGCAGCCUUUAUUGGCGGCUGGUUAGCAUUUGGGGAAAAUAAUAAUAUUAACAGCCAGAUAAAUAUGUAUUUAUUAUCUCGUAUCCUGUUUGGCUUGUCUCGAUUGGCAGUAGAGAAGGGUUAUAUCCCACAGCCCAAACAAGAUCCCUUCCCACUUUUUGCUGCUAUGGUUUGUGGGAUUGUUCUUUGGCUCUUUGAGUAUCACCGGCACACUCUACAACCAUCACUACAAUCAUCUAUGACCUACCUAUAUGACGACAGUAAUGUUUGGCAUGAUGUUUCUGACUUCCUUGUACAUAAUAAAAGAUCUACUACCAAAUAAUCCUGACAACUAUUUGGAUUUUUCCAAAUUAGGUUUUAUUUCUUGGGUUUCUAAAAUAAAAGAAGAGAGUAGAUAGUAUGGUGAACAUAGGGAGGGUGUCAAAUAGGUUAUUCUUGUUGUGAAAUUCUGUGUUAUGAUGUGUAUGCGGUGGGGGAGGGGGAAGAGUGUGAAUACUAAAAAACUUUUUCUUGAUUGAAGCUCUACCAGAUGGAAAAUGAUGCAAUCAUGCAUAGCUAGAACUAUUAUUGCAGUUGUCAUACUCUGAUCAUAUAGUCAACAGGUAGAAUUCUGUUUAGCAAUCCACCAAAAGUGCCAAAUCGAGUAUUAGAUUUUAUCCCAUUCUUUUAUUAAUGAAUACAGAUAACUGUGUAUUGCAUUUUUUGAAAUUUAUUUAUUAUUAAACAAAUUUAUAUUAUCACCUGACUUGCACACAGUGACUCCAGGCAGUGUAUAACUUUAAAAAUCCACAUUUUUUUAGUGCAGUAACAACAAAAUCAGACAAGCCAUUUGACUGGUUCAGAACGGGGUCCCUAAGCCCUCUGACAAAACCAAGUCUUCAAGACCUUAUGGAAAAGCAUCAGGGUAGAGGCCAAUCUUAUUUCUGGAGGAAUGAUGUUCCAAAUAUUUAUAAUCCAAUCAUGUGAACUGACUAAAGCUAGUCUUUCUGGGUCUUUUCCAAUCUUGUACAGAUGCACAGAAAAGCAAUGUGGAUUUCUUAUUGUAAAAGAACAAAAAAAUGGACUUAUAGAUGAAAUGGAAGAUCUUGCAAAAUGUAUUUGCAUAGCAAGCAUAGAUCUUCCUAAAAUGUUAAUUUCUUUUCAUAAUUUCAUCUCUUUGUGUCAGGGUUGUCAAACUCGUGGCCCAUGGGCCAGAUGUAUCACACAUUGGCCAUGCCCACCCCCGGUUUAGCGAAGGGGGGAAAAGUUGCGAUAUAUCACAUGACGUGUCAUCAUGAGUUUGGCACACCUGCUUUGUGUCAUGAACAGUGCUAGGUGGCAUCAUGCACUGCACAUACACACACACUGCUGCUGCUGCUAAAAAGUUAGGUUUAUAAAUUAAAAUGUCUGCUAUCCUAAUCUCAUUUUAGAGUAAUCACUUUUAAUACAAUCAGUAUAGUGAAAAAUCUGUUUUUAAACAUCAUUACACAAAUUGAAGCAGCUUUUUUUAAUUGAAGAAGAACAAAUGUACUUUUGUAUGUGCUGGAGUCUUAUUUGAAACAGGAUGCUUUAACCUUGGUUAAAAAGCCAAAACAAGACUGAUUAUAAGGCAUUAAAAUUAUUGGUUAUGCUGUUGUACUGAGUUUUUAUUUAUCAUUGAAAACUUGCUUGGAAGCUUUGUAUUUAAUUUAUAGGACCACAAUAUUGCUGUGGGUUGUUAAUUCUUUUAUCGCAUGUCUUUACUUUGCUUGUUUGAUCUAUUUGUUAUCUUGCACCAUUCUGUGUCUGUUCUCAUCAGAUAAUCUGUGGAAAUCUAUUGCCUUCUUUCUGAAUUCAUCUCAUACGAAUGUUUGAAAGCCACUAUGACAAAAUCACAAUCACAUCAUGUUUUAUGUUCAAAGGAAUAAAUACCAAUCUGCUUCAGGAUA